AUGCGAAUCCCGUGGCUCUCAUUUGUGUUGCCCGCCCAGUGUCGGUUGGCCGACGGCAGAUUCUCCCCAAAAAUGCUCACCUAUGAAAAGUCUGGCCAGUCGCUGUGGGUCUUCGGCUACGGGUCGUUGAUUUGGAACCCGGGUUUUAGCUAUGAAGAGAAGAGACGCGGCCGUGCCAUCGGUUUCGCCCGCCGGAUGUACCAAGGAAAUACGUAUCAUCGUGGCGAUGAUUCUUUGCCUGGCCGUGUCGCCACCCUCGUCCAGGACUCUACCUCUGAAGCCACCGGAAUGCUGUUCCGCAUCCGGGGCCGCCGCGCCAUCCGCGCCGCCCUUGCCCAUCUCUAUGAACGAGAGGUCGGAAACGGGUACCGCUUCGAGGAGAUCCCGUGCGUCGUCGAAAUUGACGGGCGACUCGUGAAGACGAUGGCCCUCACCUGCAUUGCCUACGAUGACAACGAGUACUACCUCGGGCCGGAUGAGGUGUCAAAAAUGGCGAUGGAAAUUGCCAAGGCUCGCGGACUGGCUGGACCCAAUCAUGAAUACGUCCUGAAACUCGCCGAACACCACCGCCUGCUCUUUCCCGACCACCACGACACGCAUCUGUUCGAGUUGGAGACGAUGGUCCGCGAGGGGCUGAUGGCCGUCGCUGCG